AUGAACUCCCUUCUGAUCGUUGUUGGACCUCACCAGGGCUUAACAACGAAGGAGGAAGAACUUCAAGCCUCCGACGCGAGAUCCCAUGCAGCAACAGUGUCCCAUGCCAGACGAAAAUCGAAAUAUCCAGCCUCCCAAGAGGAUACUGACAACGACAGCGCUAUAAAGAUUAAUUUUCGCAAGCCUCUGGCGCACGAACCCUUCUGGCCAGGAGAAGACCAUAUAAGAAAACGAGAUAAUCUCAGGCACUUGGGCCGCCAGAGCGCCCGAUGCCGUGAAUUCGCGGCCAGUACCAGUCUUCCACACCCUAUUACCAUCUUAGGGCAAAGCAAACUAGAUCCCUUCAAUGCUGACAGCUCUCGGAACCUUCCGCCAAUUGCAUACAGCAGUUUAGAACACUCCUAUUUGAACCUGUGGCCCAAGUUUGACCCCGCGAUGACCAAAGCAGCUCGUGAGGCAGUGAUUACACAUUGGAGGAAGACUGCCGUCCAGUCACCCCUUACCUUCCAUGCUCAAAUAUCCAACGCAGUCAGCCUAUGCUAUGUGCUAAGCACUGAUCCAUCUGCAAUGAGCAAUCUUUUACAAAUUCGUUGGAAGCACCAGGCCAUCACAAUGAAGAUUAUUCGAAAGAAGCUUGAAGAGAUCAAGGGUCCGGUUUCGGACGAUCUACUCGAAAAUAUCAUGAGAAUUAUGUCACAAGGUGGAGACCUGUACGAUGGUCCUGCUACUCUGUCACGUUACCCUGAAACACCGCUGGCGGAAGCUCUCCAUCUCAAGCUUUAUGCUCGAUUUGAGAUGGGUCUUCCUCAUUUCCGCGCAAUCGUUGAGCUGAUCAAGCAGCGAGGCGGCCUUGAAAAUAUAAGUACAAAUUUUUCUCGUCCAAUAGGACUAUCGGACGUGAUUGUAUCAACUAAGCAAGGGAUCAGGCCGGUUUUUCCUGUCUUGCAGGAAUUAAGACAGUUCUCUGAUCUUCAUGAAUUUACAUUCGAUGCCAAGGGAGAGGAACUGAUGUUAGAAAUGAGGACAGGGUGGUGUACAAGCGUUCUCCAGAACAGUCACCCUGAUAUUGUUAAGCUGGCGAUCCGCGCAGCUCAGCUAACUGUGGCUCUUGGCCAAAAUCACCGUGCUGGAGAAGGCCACCUUUCUCUUCCCGUCAUCUGCGCGCUAACCACUGUUUUCCAACAUGAUUUGAAUGAGUUAAACCCCCAAGAGAUUCGUGUGCCUAAAGAGCACCACAACGACAUGUUUGACGCUUGUCGCCUGGGGAUACAGAUCUUCAGUGACCUAAUUCUCUUCCCCACAGCACAAAGUUUUAGUGCCAAACCGCGGCUUAUUACGGAUCUACGGCGGAUCCUGACAGCGUACCAUCUUAGUGAAGAGGGAGCUAUGGGGAAUAGCGACCCCAACUCAAGAUUGCUUCUCUGGAUUACAUUCAUGGGUACUGUCAUCUCCGAAGGAACUGGGCAUAGAGACUGGUAUCUGCGAAAGCUGUUAUAUCUAGUCCGGAAGAUGAGUCUUCAAUCUGAGUCUUGGACAGUAUUUAAGGGCAUUCUUGUUACGUUUCUUUGGUGGGAUUACGUUCUUGAGGACCACGCUAGGGAUAUUUGGGGCUAUUUAUGGGCAAUGGAUACUAUCAGCCCCUCAUUGCCAUUAAUCAAGAGACGCGUUAGGCCGAAUGAGGGUUUGAAUUUGGGAACAUAG